AUGAAAAUUUUGGAUCUAGAAGAACUUGAAGGAAACUCAUCAGAUGAUUCCGAAUUCAUUCCAAACGCAGAAGAUUAUGAUAGUGAUGAGGACAAAGGAAGUGAUAAGGAUGGUGAAAACCUCAAUAUCGAAGCUAAAUUGAUGACUCGAAGCAAGAGGAAAAUAAAUGAAACGGGAGAAAUCGAUGACGAAAAAAGCAAGAAAUUGAGAUCUCGAAAAAAUGACGAUACCGAAGAGGAGUCAGGAUCUGUUGCGCCCGAACGUAAAAUUAAUGUUGAUGCCCUAUGGGAGGAGCUAAAUGAAGAUAAACCAAGUGCUCUAGAUGAACAUAAGAUCAAAGAUUUUCAAAAUUCAACGUCGGAGGAUCAGAUGAUUACUAUAACAAAAACCUUUGAAUUUGCUGGCGAAAUAGUAACAGAGCAAAGGCGGGUUCACAUAGAUUCGGAAGAGGCCAAAGCUUAUAUCGAAAGUCAAACAAAAAAUAACAAUACAACAGGAAAUAAUAACAUAUCAGAAGAUUCCGCUUCGCCGGUGGAGGAAGCAAAAUCUGCCAAACCAUCAUCUAGUUCCACAAAGAAAACUCGGUCACCAAUUGCUGUCGCUAUGGCGGAACGUGGGAAAUUUGGUAGACCAAAAUCAAAUCUCAGCCAACUCGCCGCUUCGUUAAACAAAAAACCUGUCAAAAUUAAUACUCUGGAAAAAUCAAAAAUGGAUUGGAAGAAAUAUGUUGAAAAAGAAGGAAUUGUUCAUGAACUCAAAUAUCAUAAUAAAAAUGGGUUCGUAGAAAAGCAAGAAUUUUUACAGCGAACAUACGAAGCACAAAAUUCUGAAAUAAAAGCGCUAAGAAAAGGAGUUAAAAAAUGA